AUGGGCGACAUUUCAGCUUCAAGUUCAAUAGAUAUUUAUAAUAUUUUUAUUGCCUCUAUUAAGUCCAGUUUACACGUAGUACUAAUGUGCUUUACGGGUUAUUUUGCUGCAAAAUAUGGAAUAAUUAAUAAAAAAUCGCAGAAGGAUCUCUCCAGUGUAAUAAUUAAAGUCUUUAUGCCAUGCCUAUUAUUUUCUAAUGUCGCCCAAACUGACAUAGAGAUAUUAGCUAAUCUAUGGGCCAUACCUACCACAUUCUUGAUUUUUGUGACAAUCAGUGGUAGUUUGGGAUAUAUCGGUGGCAAAUUAUUAGGAUUAUCUGGUCCAAAUACUAGAUUUACUUGUACUGGGAUAAUAUUUAAUAAUGUCACAAGUCUUUUACUUGGAUUAUUAAAAGGACUUGGUGAAUCUGAUACUAUUAGAAUUUUGGCAUGGAAAAGUGAUGAAAGUACUAAGGAUAUCAUAAAGCGAGGAAUUUCCUAUGUGUUAUUGGCUACAAUCUGGACUAACAUAUUACGUUCUACGAUGAUAACUGAAGAAUCCCCUUUGUUGGGCAAAGAAGAAAAUCAUCACCCUUUCAAAUUAGAGAAUAUUAAACAUUUUUUAAAUAAAAUAAUGAAUCCACCCUUAUAUGCUACAUUAUUAGCCUUAUUAGUAAGUGCAAUUCCAUACCUAAGAUCAUUAUUCUUUAGUGAAAAUGCUCCUCUCUCCCCUAUCUCUUUAACCAUCGAUAGUCUUGGUUCAGUAACCGUUCCUUUGACUCUUAUCACACUCGGAGCUCAACUUAAGAAUUUACCUCGAACUAAAGGGAAAGAAAUUUUUUCGACUAUAUUAUACAUAAUGUUCAAUCGGUUUAUUAUUAUGCCGUUGAUUGGUAUUGCAAUUAUAUUACUCACCAGAAAUUGGUAUAUAAAUGAUCCGAUGUUAUGGUUUAUACUAAUAAUGUUAGCUUGCGGACCACCGGCCGUUAAUUGUAUGAAUCUUACGCAAUUUACCGGAACUUUUCAAGAAGAGAUGGCAGCUUUAUUAUUUUAUUCUAAAUAUCAACAAGAUUAUAUAAAAACAAUUGCAUAUCAUAACAACAAUAGCAUUAAUUCUUCAUCUCAUAACGACAAUAGCAUUAUUUAUUCAUCUAAAAACAAUAGCAUUAAUUCUUCAAUACACACGUCGUCAAAUUCAUUACCUCUAUUUAAUUAUCCGUCUUUUAUAAAACAUUUAAAUUAUGAUCGAUUGUAUAAUUCGAUAGAUCGUUGGUGCAAAAUGGAAAGAUACAUACCUGACACCAUGGAAGUCUACGUGAUGAGAGCUUUAUUGAGAUUAAUGGCUGAUAGUGGUGGAAUUUUGACAACUUUAAAAAUUCAUCCAAAGCAUUCAAGUGAAUUUAGAUAUUGUUUGAUACACGAACCUGAGAUUUGCGGAUUAUUUGAAAAAGUAAAAUAUUUGACACAUGAUGGAUGUUGUUAUGUUGACUAUACGAUGCCACUUGCGCUAUCAAAGAUUUGUAAAGAUGUGAAACAUCUUUGUCUUUAUGGUUGGAAUGCCCAAAAUUUUCGAGUUCAAUCUCAUCGUUCUGGUUCUGACCUCACGCAAUUCAUUUCUCAACAAUCUACCUUAUAUUCUCUAAACUUAAAAAGAUGUCAUAGAUUUACUCCAUACGUUCUUUCUGGUCUUUCUUCACAAAUAAAAUUCUUAAAAUAUUUACAUUUCGAAUAUGUUGAUUUUGAAGGUUGCGGAGCGUGGAAUGAUAUCGCUGAAUGUAAAAAUUUGGAAGUAUUCAAGAUAGCAUUUUGUUGUAAUAUUAAUUGGGAGAUGGCAAAACCAGUCAUAAAAGGAAAGUUUAGAAAGUUAAGAAAGGUGGUGGUAUGGGAGGUAGAUUGUAAAGAGUUGAUAGAAUGGGCGAAAAAAUUUAAUAAUAACGAGCUUGGACGAUCUAUUAAAUUGAAAAGAAAAAAUUAG